AGAGGGAGGCCGCCGGGUGCAGAGCGGAGGUUACCACAGGACACUGCUGGCUCCAGCGGAGUCCGCGUCCAGACCGGGACCUCACAGCCGGCGACAGCGCGCUACUCGCAGAAAACCGUAGUGUCAACUCGGAAUACAGCAGCGUCCAUGAAUCUGCUGCUCUUCACUUGGCAACUUUAGACGCGGGGAAUGAUCGCGCUUUUGUUUCAAUAACAUCUUCGCUCGUACAUUUUUUUGCUUGGACUCUGUGAAGCUAUGCAAGCUAGAGGAGAACCGGUACGUGUUUUUGUAACCAAGUGGACCUUUCUGUUUUAACCAAGCCCUUGUAGCCUACUUUGCUGCUUUGCCCCCGAUGCUAGUGUAAAGGAUAUGAGUGACCAUCUACGGAAACCAGCCAAGGGAUUACCGCGCUGUUUGACCAGUCUAAGCUAGUAAAAUGCUAACGAUAGCGACCAGGGUCAGCCCGUAAAUAGUAGCCUACAGUCAUUACUCUAUUUUCUCAUUCAUUUUACGAGGCUAGUCCAAACUUAUCGGCACUUGUACCAUUGCAUUUGCGCUCAGAGUGUUCGGCUGGAAUCGCCUCACCGUAUUUUGCCGGUGCUGAAGUUUCCCUGUAGAUCUCCGGUGUUUCUCCAAAAGGGCUAAAAGGUCAAAGGGAGCGGAGUAGUCUUUGCUCGGCCGCCCCUCCUCCUCCUCCUCUUCCAUGAGUUUUGUGAUGAAGAUGUGAACUCUCCCCUCUCCUUCCGCUCUCUCCUCGCCGUGCGCACCGCUUUGAUCUUUUUCCCACUCUUUUUUUUUUUGGUACCAGCACAUCAAACGCUCCCCUCGCGCCCAUCCUCUCUCUCGGCUCCUCUCCUCACCUCGGGGAUGUACAGUGAAAGCGUGGAUGUGGUGGGUUUAAGCCCAACUCCGAGCAGUCCAAGCCCCGGCUCCUUUUUGAGCAUGGACUACUACCACAGACCCCCGGGGCUCGGUCCUGAUAAGGGCUUGCUGUCCGGGGUUGGAGGUCUUCAGCGGCCGUUCGGGGGAUCUCUGGUCACCGGGAGACAUUGGAGCGGAUCCAGUCACUCCAUAGAGACUGAGAGCACGAGUUCAGGGGAAGACCUCCUAGUGCCCAGCCCCCCUUCACCUCCCCCUCCACCCCGUGUUUACAAGCCCUGUUUCGUAUGUCAAGACAAAUCUUCUGGAUACCACUACGGCGUCAGCGCAUGCGAAGGAUGCAAGGGUUUUUUUCGAAGGAGUAUUCAGAAGAACAUGGUGUAUACAUGUCACCGGGACAAAGUGUGUGUCAUUAAUAAGGUGACGAGGAACCGGUGUCAGUCGUGUCGUCUUCAGAAAUGCCUCGAUGUUGGCAUGUCCAAAGAGUUGGUACGUAAUGACAGAACAAAAAAGAAGAAGGAAGACAAGAAGCAGGCUGAACCUGAAAUGUACGUUCUGUCUGCGGACACCGAGGAGAUGAUUGAGCGAGUUCGGCGAGCACACCAGGACACCUUCCCAUCAUUGUGUCAGCUUGGAAAAUACACAACGAAUAACAGUUCAGAACAUCGCGUGGCUCUGGAUGUGAACCUGUGGGACAAGUUCAGCGAACUGUCCACAAAAUGCAUCAUAAAAACAGUGGAGUUUGCCAAACAGCUCCCAGGCUUCACCACACUGUCCAUCGCCGACCAGAUCACGCUGCUCAAAGCUGCGUGCCUCGACAUACUGAUUCUGAGGAUCUGCACACGUUACACUCCAGACCAGGACACCAUGACCUUCUCGGACGGUCUGACGUUAAACCGCACUCAGAUGCACAAUGCGGGCUUUGGGCCACUCACAGACCUGGUCUUCUCCUUCGCCAGCCAGCUGCUGCCUCUAGAGAUGGACGACGCAGAGACGGGUCUACUCAGUGCCAUCUGUCUACUGUGUGGAGAUCGACAGGACUUGGAGGAGGCAGAUAAGGUGGACAUUCUUCAGGAGCCAUUACUAGAGGCCUUAAAGAUUUAUGUGAGGCGGAGGAGGCCUGAAAAACCAUGUAUGUUCCCCAAGAUUCUCAUGAAGAUUACAGACCUCAGGAGCAUCAGUGUGAAAGGAGCUGAGCGUGUGAUCACUCUGAAGAUGGAGAUCCCAGGCUCCAUGCCUCCACUCAUCCAAGAAAUGCUGGAGAACUCUGAGGGUGAUGGACAGAAGGGACACGGUGCAGGAGGAAAGGGGAGGGCACCUAGAGGAGACAAGAACAGCCUCAACUCCCCCAGCGCCUCACCUCCUCCAUCCUCCCCCACCCCCUGCUCUUCACCAGGCUCACCCACAGCUUCUCCCUCCACAUGAAGACCGGUAGGGCCAACCACAGCACAGGCCUGGUACCAACGCUUCCACAAAACCACAUCUGACCUCAGACCAUGCCUCCACUGCUGCAGAAAGAACAACAGGGGGCCACAGAUUGCUGUCACUGCCGGACAACAGGACUUUAAAAUGGGCAAACUAUAUGCAUAAGUUAGCCACUUUUAUGCUUAUUUGGUUGUUUCAUUUUAUUAUCUUGCAUUCUUCAAAUUGUGAAAAUAUAAUUUAAAUCAACAGUUGCUGACUAAUUUGACAAACAAAAAGUAGCUCUAAAAUUAAUGAUGCUUGAUAAGGAGAGAACUAAACCUUCACUCCACCACUCACUGCUUUAUAGUACUUACAAAGGUGAAGAAAAUAAAUGAAAAUCAAACAAAUGGCCAACAAAUAUCAUUGCUUUUCUUUAAGAAUUUGUUCUAUAAAAUAUAUCAAUCUUGUGCCUGAAAGUACAAUAUACUUAAGCCCCGAUGAAAUAUGAAGCAUGUGCCUGCUCUCAGUAAUUACAGUUAAUAGCCAUAAUAUAACAGUUGAAGACCUUUAUAGUAACACCUUUCUCCUACAGAAUUCUGAGUUAUAAUUCAUCUUAAUUAUAAUCAUCAUUUGAAAUUGAAUAAAUAAUCAUUGCACAGUUGAAAAGGAUAAGCAAAAAAUGAUCUUCAGCAAUGUUAUGGUUAAAACCUGCUAAAAUCUUUUUAUUGUUAUUUUCUAUUUCAAAAUGGCCAUGUCUCAAUUUGGAGAACAUGAAAUCCACACUAAACUAAGCAUAAAAGUGGCUAUGUGAAAUGAAAAACAGUAUUUGUGAUUAUUUGUGUUGUGUCCUCAGCAAUACAGUAUGUGCUCAGACUCAGUUUGUAAAUGCAUAAAAAUGUGAGUAAACUUUAAAUGUAUUGUAUGCAAAGUACCUAUUUGUAAUAUAAUGUACAUAUAAAGUGGUUGCGGGACAAGGGGAUAACAAAUAGUGACUGAAGCAUUAUUUUCCUAAAUGUACAUGUGUAAAUAUUUACUUUUUUUAUCUGUACCUCACCUUUGACAAACAUUUCUGUGUGUAUGUAUGUUAAGUAUAUUAUCUUCCACUUCCACAAGUUAACUUUUAUUUUCAUUGGGAGGUGCAAAGAACAGCCUGUCUUCAUUUAAAAUUGAACAUAACACAAUAUUAAAUAUUGUUUGUAAGUAA